CCAUCCCCCUCUUGCUCCAAUUCCCCACCCCCCACCGGCGCCGCCGCACCUCGCCGCCGUUCGCUCGUCCUCCGAAGGGAAGGGAGGGAAGAUGCGGGAGAUCCUGCACAUCCAGGGCGGGCAGUGCGGGAACCAGAUCGGGGCCAAGUUCUGGGAGGUGGUGUGCGCGGAGCACGGGAUCGACCCCACCGGCCGCUACGCCGGCGACACCGACCUCCAGCUCGAGCGCGUCAACGUCUACUACAACGAGGCCUCCUGCGGCCGCUUCGUGCCCCGCGCCGUGCUCAUGGACCUCGAGCCCGGCACCAUGGACUCCGUCCGCUCCGGCCCCUACGGCGGCAUCUUCCGCCCCGACAACUUCGUCUUCGGCCAGUCCGGCGCCGGCAACAACUGGGCCAAGGGCCACUACACCGAGGGCGCCGAGCUCAUCGACUCCGUCCUCGACGUCGUCCGCAAGGAGGCCGAGAACUGCGACUGCCUCCAAGGUUUCCAGGUGUGCCACUCGCUGGGCGGCGGCACGGGGUCCGGCAUGGGCACGCUGCUCAUCUCCAAGAUCCGGGAGGAGUACCCGGACCGCAUGAUGCUCACCUUCUCCGUCUUCCCCUCGCCCAAGGUCUCCGACACCGUCGUCGAGCCCUACAACGCCACCCUCUCCGUGCACCAGCUCGUUGAGAACGCCGACGAGUGCAUGGUGCUCGACAACGAGGCGCUCUACGACAUCUGCUUCCGCACCCUCAAGCUCACCACCCCGAGCUUCGGCGACCUGAACCACCUCAUCUCGGCCACCAUGAGCGGGGUCACCUGCUGCCUGCGCUUCCCGGGGCAGCUCAACUCGGACCUGCGCAAGCUGGCCGUGAACCUCAUCCCGUUCCCGCGGCUGCACUUCUUCAUGGUGGGCUUCGCGCCGCUCACCUCGCGCGGCAGCCAGCAGUACCGCGCGCUCACGGUCCCCGAGCUCACGCAGCAGAUGUGGGACGCCAAGAACAUGAUGUGCGCGGCCGACCCUCGCCACGGCCGGUACCUGACCGCCUCCGCCAUGUUCCGGGGAAAGAUGAGCACCAAGGAGGUGGACGAGCAGAUGCUGAACGUGCAGAACAAGAACUCGAGCUACUUCGUGGAGUGGAUCCCCAACAACGUCAAGUCGACGGUGUGCGACAUCCCGCCCACGGGCCUCAAGAUGGCCUCCACCUUCAUCGGCAACUCGACGUCCAUCCAGGAGAUGUUCCGGCGCGUGAGCGAGCAGUUCACGGCCAUGUUCCGGCGCAAGGCCUUCCUGCACUGGUACACGGGGGAGGGCAUGGACGAGAUGGAGUUCACCGAGGCCGAGAGCAACAUGAACGACCUCGAGUCCGAGUACCAGCAGUACCAGGACGCCACCGCCGACGAGGAGGGCGAGUACGAGGACGAGCUCGAGGACGAUGCCGACCUCCAGGACUAGAGAUCAACCGAGUACCGCGUAUGAUUAUUGGUUCUUUUCUUAUGUUAAUUUGAUUGUGUAGUGCUCUUCUGUCUUUCUUGGUGGGUGCUGUUGUUGAGGAACAGAAAACUCAUGGAAGGGUGGUUGUUGGUGAGAUAGCUUGGUAUAACCUCUGGCACAAUUGCUGUGUGCAAGCAACGCCCUGUUGCGUUCUACUGGUAGUGGUGUGUGUUGUCUGGUGUCCAUUGUCUAACUAUCAUGUCCAAAUCUAAUGUAAUUUGAAGUUGCUUGUGUC